AUGGGGAGGAAGGAAUUCCAGGUCCAUCCAACCUAUUCGUUCCAGUCCCAGUCCCACCUCAGUCAGGUCCCAGUCCCCGGUUCCAUUCAACCUGAACCCAUCCCCGCUAAUACUCCUCCUACUCCUACUCCUCAACCGCAUUUUCUCUUCGAAACAAACUCGACGUCCCCGAUUUUCUCAAAGGCAAUUUUUCGCGAAAAGGUGAGUUUCGCCCUCGACCCUUCGUUCCUGCAUUUUGCGUCUUGUCCGCACAAUUCCCAUUCGCUCUCGCCCGCCUACCGGUACUUUACCAUACCUUACCUUACCUUUACCCCUCUGUCCUUCUACCCGGCCCUCCCCCCUCGUCCUCUGCUCCCUGCUGCCAUGUGGUGGUGCCGUGACGUUUCUUCGCCUUGCCGUCGCAUCAAGUGCAUGCGACGACGCACCCGAAAGCCCAGCCCAUCACGCAUCAAUAUUUGCAUCAGUAUCAGCACCAGUAUCAGCGUCGGCAUCGGCAUCAGCAUUCGGCCCACACUUCUCGACUUGCAUCGCAUCGCAUCGCAACACAACACAAUUAAUUCGGCGAGCGCAAACUACAACAUUCGGCUUCCUAUCUACUUCGAUUCAGAUAUGGAAUCCAGAUCGUCAUUGCUCUGUAGUCGGACUCGUUUGCGCAACGCGACCGGCUUCGAUGAUGCGCCAACCCCGCCUAUUGUUGGCCUGCGAUCCAAUUUAGCCCACCAUUCCCAAAUCCAACCGCAGCCGCGUCGGCCUGCCGCAUGCCACAUCGACUCGGUAAUCGAUUCUCGGCUCUCCGUCAGUGUUGAAUCCGGAGUCGCACAAUUGCGCCGUCUCGCUUGCUAUCAUCCCCGCUACCCCGGCCCCGCGCUUGCGCUCGAGUCGAUGCGCUGCUCUCCCAGAAAGCCCUCGCUACUCGCCACCACGCUAAUAGAUGGAUCCGAUACUUGGCGGCUCCUGAAAUAUCUUUCUGCCGAGGAGAAGAUCAUCAAAAAUUGCAAUAUGCGCACAAAGUUCCGCGCCGGUGCUGAGCUGGAGCACGGCGCUUGCACCUCCGCCUUGGACGCUCACACAAUAUCAAAAAUGUCUUCCCUCUCUCGUCGUGCCUGCUAUAAGUGUGGCAAUGUUGGCCACUAUGCCGAGGUUUGCUCUUCCGCCGAGCGCCUCUGCUACAACUGCAAGCAACCCGGCCACGAGUCCAACGGUUGCCCUUUGCCCCGCACCACCGAGGCUAAGCAGUGCUAUCACUGCCAGGGACUCGGCCAUGUUCAGGCUGACUGCCCAACCCUGCGUCUGAGCGGCGCUGGCACCAGUGGCCGCUGCUACAACUGCGGACAGCCCGGUCAUCUUGCACGCGCGUGCCCCAACCCCGCCGGCGUCAACAUGGGCCGAGGUGGCCCCCCGGUUCCCCGUGGCGGAUACGGUGGCUACGGCCGUGGUGCCUUCACCGGUGGUCCUCGUCCUGCUACCUGCUACAAGUGCGGUGGUCCCAACCACUUUGCGAGAGACUGCCAGGCUCAGGCCAUGAAGUGCUAUGCUUGCGGCAAGCUUGGCCACAUCUCUCGUGACUGCACCGCUCCCAACGGUGGUCCCCUCAACACUGCUGGCAAGACUUGCUACCAGUGCGGCGAGGCCGGUCACAUCUCCCGCGAUUGCCCCCAGAAGAACACCAACGGCGAAAUCCCCAACGACGUUGAUCUGUCGGCUGCCCCUGGCAUCCCUCAGCCCGCUGUUGCGCCCAUUGCCCCCAGGCAGGCUUGCCUUGAUGCAGCUUCCCUCAAAAAAACCUUUGUGGCAUUCCUUCAGCGAUGUCGCUUUCAUUUAUCUGCAAUACGACCAAUCAUUACGCCUUUUGAACAUCACCGCAACUACAACUUCCACCUUUCAUUCUGGUUAUUAUUUCAAUCUAUGCAUAAAAUGGGCAUGCCGCCAAAUGGCAUACUUUGCUUUUACAUGGCGUCUACACGGAUUCCCCUUCAUCAACACGAUUCAUUUUCUGGAACAAAACGGGAAAGGCUUCCUUUCUUCAUAGCAAACGACUCUCACGACGGAUGGUCUCAAGCACGUUUGAAUGCAUCUUAUCCAGCGCAGUUGGAAACAAAAGUUCACGACCCAUAUAGCCAUCUUAUGGAGGAUCUUGGCUUGACAAUGCUGCUUCUGGUUCAAUAUUCCAACAACGAGGCGACUCUGUUUCCGGUGCCUGUUCCUUAA